CCUGUGUUGAUAAACAAAUGAUGUUUUAAUUCCUACUUCUUCGUUUUAAAAAGAAGAGUGGAAUAUGAAUUCAAGCAUUACAUAUCCGAAUAAUAUAAAUGACAUAUGCAGAUUCUGCUUAAAUGAGGGCAACAUUAAUUAUUUAUUAUUUGACAAUGAAAAAACUACUGAAGUCUGCACAGCACUGAAAUCUGUAAAUUUAGUUGUAACUUAUAAUGAAAUUUUGCCAAAUUCAAUAUGUGAUAUCUGUAAGCAACAAGUUGACACAUUUAUUUCCUUCAAGGAGUCAAUAAUACAUAAUGAAAUGUUAUUGGAAGAAGCCUAUCAAUUUCAAAAUAAAGUCAAAGAAGAAGUACCUUCAGUAGAUUUUGUCUGUGAGAUUAAUCAAUUAAAUAUAUCUGAAAAAGAAAUUGAAAACUGUGCUAAAGAGAAAAUUAGUUCACUAAAUUUCUUUGGCGAUCAAGAAGAAAUAAUCAAACAAAGUGAUAAACCAGUCAAAAAGAAAAUAGAAAGGAAAAGGUCUACAGUGAAAUGUGAAACAUGCAAUAAAAAAAUCAACCAGGAAAAUGUAGUGGAUCAUAAAGGGAAGUGCAAUAUAAAUCAAAAUAAACAGGAAGAAGUUGUUUGUGAACAAAAACCUAGCACAUGUAAUAUUUGCUUCAGGAUCUUCAGUUCAGAAGUUAGAUUGGCAUUGCAUUACAUUCAACAUGUAAUGUAUGACAGUGAUGUAAAGAUGGAUAUAUUUUUAUUUUGCAAUUAUUGUGGUAUCAUAUUUAACACAAACGAGGAGUAUAUACAGCACUUAAAGGAAACACAUAAUGAAAUAGAUGACUGGAUUUGCAAAGUGUGUAAUUUAAAAUUUGAGACUGAAUUUUUGCUAAUACAACACUUGCACAGCAGUGCCUCAUGUGAAAUGAUCUCAAUGAAUUUUAAAAAUGAUGUUUGUAUGCUGUGUCAAAAGGUGGUGAAAGAAUCCCUUGCAGGUCAUGUAAAACAACAUCUGUUGAAAAGGUACAGCUGUAAGUUUUGUAACGAGAAGUACAUUACUUCAAUAGGUUACAAUGCACAUUUAAAAAACCACCCUCAAUACAAUAACAAAAAUAAGUGUGAAUAUUGUAAUAAUAUGUUUAUAUCCAAAAGAAACUUAAGCAAACACAUAAAAGAAAUACACAACAGUGACCAGUUUGUUUGUGAGAUUUGCUCGAAAGUGUUCAACAGGAAACACAACCUCUCAUUACACAUGAGACAAAAACAUGACAAUAAAACCAGGAAUUUUAUUUGUUCAGUGUGUGCAUUUGCCACAAAAUCAAACAGUGAACUAAGAAAGCAUGAGAGACUUCAUUCCAAUGAGAGGCCUUAUAAAUGCACAUUUGAGAAUUGCAAUAAAACAUUUAAAACUAGCAGCCAUUUAAAUCUUCACAUUAAAAUUCAUCUUAACAUCAGAAAUUUUGUGUGCGAGUUUUGUGAUAAAAGCUUCUACACGUCGAAAAACUUGAAACACCACAUUUUGGUUCAUACUGGCGUGAAGGACUUUAAAUGCAACUUAUGUGAGAGUGAGUUUAUGAGGAGAGAUCAAUUAACGUCGCACAUGAGGAGAAGACAUGGUUGUUUGGAGUAUUCAUUUAAAGGAAACUAAUCAUUCCAUAUAAAAAUUAGUAGCGGUUACUUAAUAUGAAAAUGUUUUUAUCAAUAUUUUUAUAAAAUAAAUUAAAUGGAUUAUU